CAGCUCCGCAGCCGACCCCGCAGGGCUGCUCGCCCGCGGAGGCCCCGCAGCAGAGUCCGCCCGCUGCCCUCUGAGCCCGCUGGGUUGCCAUCAUUGAAGAACUGGCGAUGAGGCCGCAGCCCUGAGCACGGAUUCAGCCUGGGACACCCAAGCCCAGCAGCAACCAUGAGCGGCCUCCUGUCACGCCUGGACCCACGGCGGGUGCCAUGGGGGGCUGCAGGCCAUGCCCUGCGCUCCCGCGUCCUGCGCACCAAGCCUGUGGAGUCGAUGCUGGAGGGCACGGGGACAGCAGGAGGCCAGGGCGCACGGCUGGCCAAGGUCCUCACCACGCUCGACCUCAUCUCCCUUGGUGUUGGCAGCUGCGUGGGCACAGGUAUGUACGUGGUGUCUGGCCUGGUGGCCAAGGAGAUGGCAGGGCCUGGCGUCAUCGUGUCCUUCAUCAUCGCUGCCGUCGCCUCCAUCUUGUCAGGUGUUUGCUAUGCUGAGUUUGGCGUGAGGGUCCCCAAGACCACGGGCUCUGCCUACACCUACAGCUACGUGACAGUGGGGGAAUUCGUGGCGUUCUUCAUUGGCUGGAACCUCAUCCUGGAGUACCUGAUUGGCACGGCCGCGGGUGCCAGCGCCCUCAGCAGCAUGUUUGAUUCACUGGCCAACCACACCAUCAGCCGCUGGAUGAUCAGCAGCGUCGGGACGCUGAACGGGCUGGGGAAAGGAGAGGAGUCAUAUCCUGACCUUCUUGCUCUAGUCAUUGCCAUCAUCGUCACCGUCAUCGUGGCCAUGGGCGUGAAGAACUCAGUGGGACUGAACAACGUGCUCAAUGUGAUUAACCUGAUAGUCUGGGUCUUCAUUAUGAUUGCCGGGCUCUUCUUCAUCAAAAGUGACAACUGGUCUGAAGGGCAGUUCCUGCCAUUUGGAUGGCCGGGGGUGCUCAAAGGGGCUGCGACGUGUUUCUAUGCCUUCAUUGGCUUCGACAUCAUUGCUACCACAGGAGAAGAAGCAAAGAGCCCCAACACCUCCAUCCCCUACGCCAUCACGGCCUCACUUGUUGCGUGCUUGACAGCAUACGUGUCCGUAAGCAUCAUCCUCACACUGAUGGUGCCAUAUGAUGCCAUCGACACUGAGUCCCCACUGAUGGAAAUGUUUGUGGCACGUGGCUUCUAUGCAGCCAAGUUCAUCGUUGCCAUUGGGUCUGUGGCCGGCCUGACCGUCAGCUUGCUGGGCUCUCUCUUCCCAAUGCCAAGAGUCAUCUACGCCAUGGCUGGCGAUGGGCUACUCUUCAGGUUUUUGUCCCAUGUCAGUUCUUAUACAGAAACGCCAGUAGUAGCUUGUAUAGUCUCUGGGUUUCUUGCGGCACUGCUGUCCUUGCUGGUCAGCCUGCGGGACCUGAUAGAGAUGAUGUCCAUUGGCACACUGCUCGCCUACACACUGGUGUCUGUCUGUGUCCUGCUCCUCCGGUACCAGCCCGAGAGUGACAUCGAUGGCUUUGUCAAGUUCCUCUCUGAGGAGCACACCAAAAAGAAAGAGGGUAUCCUGGCUGACUGUGAGAAGGAAGCUUGCUCCCCAGGCAGCGAAGGAGAGGAGUUCACAGGUCCACCAACCAACACGUGUGGGGCAAAAAACCUUCCAUCGUUGGGGGACAACGAGAUGCUCAUUGGGAAAUCUGAUAAAUCCACCUACGACGUGAAUCACCCCAAUUACGGCACAGUCGACAUGACUUCAGGGAUUGAGGCGGACGAGUCUGAGAACAUCUACCUCAUCAAGCUGAAGAAGCUGAUUGGCCCUCGCUACUACACCAUGCGGAUCCACCUGGGGCUGCCGGGGAAGAUGGAUAGGCCCACGGCAGCCACCGGCCACACAGUCACCACCUGCGUGCUCCUGCUCUUUGUCCUGAUGUUCAUCUUCUGCUCCUUCAUUAUUUUUGGGUCGGACUACAUCUCCGAGCAGAGCUGGUGGGCCGUUCUCCUUGUUGUGCUGAUGAUCCUGCUCAUCGUCGUGCUGGUGUUUGUCAUCUUGCAGCAGCCAGAGAACCCCAAGAAGUUGCCCUACAUGGCACCCUGCCUCCCGUUCGUCCCCGCGUUCGCCAUGCUGGUGAAUAUCUAUCUCAUGCUGAAGCUCUCCACAGUCACGUGGAUCCGAUUUGCUGUCUGGUGCUUUGUGGGUCUGCUCAUUUACUUUGGCUACGGGAUGUGGAACAGCACGCUGGAGAUCAGUGCCCGCGAGGAGGCCCUCCACCAGAGCACCUACCAGCGCUAUGAUGUGGAUGUUGACCCUUUCUCAGUGGACGACGGCUUCUCCUACGCCACCGAGGGUGAGAGCUACCCAGACUGGGGCCCUCCCGAGGACAAGGGCUUCUCAUACCAGCAAAUGGCAGGAGCAAAGGAAAGCCAUCGGACGAGUAGCAGAUCGAAAAGCAAGGGCAGGCACAAACCGUCCUCAGAAGCCCUCAUUGCCAACGACGAGUUGGACUACUCACCUGAGUAGUGGGGCGAGCAGGGGGACGCCGUGCUGCCAGCCAGCCAGGAAGGGCCUGCAGCUUCCCUGCCCCGUCCUGUCCUCCACCACCACCCCGUCACCUCUGGUCCUUGGGUCACACGCCGCGACUGCUGCUGACCCCAAACCAAACCCACCCGAGGGCUUUGCCAGCUGAGUCCCACGCCAGGGAAUGCUGGAGCCCUGGUACCUGCCGAGCCCCAUUUGGCGCCCAGUGGGAGAUGUGCCAAACUGAGGGGGCUCUGAGAGGUGGAAUAUCCACGUGGGGGGAUGAGAUGGGUUUUCCCUGGGGAAUAGUCACCCUAAUGGCCACUCCUAUGUGUUUGGCACUUUCUUAGCACGUGUGCUUUUUCCUCUAACCACCCAGCAGUAAUAGCUUAACCAGAGGGGCAGGCAGGUAGGACAUGAAAGUGAACCAGCUUCAUCCAAGGGGGUGGCUCAGCUCAGUUGGCCCCAUUACUUGGCGUUUUCAUGGCUGUUCCAGCGCUAAGUGUAUGCAACAAGGCCACUCCAUGCUGGUCCCCUGAACCCAAAGGUCGUAAAUACCAGGAUUCGGUGUUAGUCCAUGUCUUGCACUGCUCUAGACUGUCUCAAACAAAUCCUGAAAUCCUGGCAUAGCCAAGCAUCCUGAAUCUGAUCUUGGCCUCGUUUCAGAUCACACCUGACCUAGACUUAUGCAAGCAGUCAGCAAACCCCACAUAAUGUCCCUGAGGUUGAACUGGAUGCUGCUCCCACCACUUUGUCUUUCCCAAAACAGCCAGCCCAUUGUCUGUGAACUGCUGUGGCACAUCCCAGCACUCAUUCUGGCCUCCAUGCUGUUUCUAACCUUGACUUGGUGGAUAAUGUGUGAAAAGAUACAAAAAUGCUGCUUGUUCUAGAGACAUUUCUAAUGUGAAAUCAAAAGGAGUGACUGGGAGGGCUUCAGGAUGGGAGUUAGGGUUUGGUAAAAGGACCCAUUAAGCUUCACUCUGGAUUCUCUCCUGCUGCCCAACCUAGCUACACUUCCACAAGCAGAAACCUAAGAGCAUCCCACCCAAAAGUCUCCACGAUGCACAUAAGCUCUACCAAUCCACUUGGGAAUCUGUCCUACACACCUAUCCCCAGUGCUGCUGAAGCCCUCAUGAUGCUCACUUGUGCCCUCUGCUCCCCUGAAGGAUGCUUCUGAGAUACCCAGGAGAGAUGGCACCUGGCAGGUCUGGCUUUAUGCUUUCAGGGAGAAAGAUUGUUGCUGUUUUCCUAACAGCUCUCAAACUAAACCAUGGGGUGGUCAUCCUCGUCCCGCUACCGCGCGGUAUUUAGGCAUCUGCUGGACAACAAACAUGUGCCCAAGUACCCUGCUGAGUCGAAGCCUGUUGUUCCUUUUGCAGCCUUAAUCUCUUGCUACAGAGCAGUUUGCAGUACCAGUGUGUGUCGUUGUGUCCACCUGAGUAUCGUUUGGUGAGAGCCUGCUCCCUUGCUCUUUGGCGUCAAGGACCUGUCAUUGUAUCAGCGUGUUGAGCAGGGCCCUGGGGCUGCUGUGGUUCCCCUGCAGCCAUCCACCAUUCCUCGUUCCUUCUCCAUCAUUUUCCCAUCCCUUCUCCAUCCCUUCCCCUUCCCCAUCUCCAUCCCAUCCUCAUCCAUUCCCAGGAAAGCAGGGAAGGAUGGCUGCCCACAACUCCAGGGCCACCAGCAAAGGUCAUUUGGUCCGUCACCUCUGGGCAGCAUUGGCCUAGGGCCAGUUUGGGAUGCUGAGAGGAGUCAGGAAGCUGGCACAGGUGUUGCUGUAACCCAAAUAUUUCUCCAUGCCCUCAAAGGAGAUUUUCACGCAGCCAGCAAAUUACAAAAGAGCAUUGCCAGCACCACCACUGUCCCACUCCAUGCCAGGAGCCAGCAUCCUGUUGCUGGAGCCCAAAGCGUGACCCAGAUGGAGCAGAAAUACCUCACAUCUCCCAGACCAACCCAGUGAAAUCUUGGUCCCUCUGCAGGUUGUGACCACAGCAACACAACCCAGCACGCACCCUCUGCACAGCAGAGCUCACGCCCCGAGCGACGCCGGUGUCACAGCCCCAGCUUGUAAAUGAUCCUCACUCCUCUCGUUUUGUUUUUGGUCUUUCUGAUGUAGAUCUUGCUUUUUUUUGCAGAUGGUACUUUCUGGUGUAACAGUUCUCUGCAGUUCUGAUAUGAAAUUGGUGUAUUUGUUAAAAGAAUUUGUUAAAUUAUUUUACUUUAUUUUAUUUUUGUGGUUUCCAGAAGCCCAUUGGUGCACUGUACAAUGGGGUCUUGUAGUGUGUCAUGAGAAAGAAAAAAAUAUGCAGAUAUAUUAUGGAGUGAUUUUUAUUUUCAGAUGAUUGUGUUGUUGAAAUUGAUACAUAUAUAUGUAUAUAUAUAUAUUAUCAAGAUACUAUGAAAGAAAUCUAAAUUUACCAAAAUCUGUAUAUUUUAAUAAAUGCAUAAAGCUUUAUUGUGUGCCUUUACAUUACAACAGACAGACAAAUGAACAGGAACUAAUGGAUUUUUAAUGGAAGUCGGGGAUAAAUGUGUCUCAGCAUCGACUUCCAUAAUAAUGUAAAUCUUUUAAAUGAAAGAAUAAAUAAAUUAAAAAAAAAAAAAAAGAUUUUUCCCAUAUAAAUUUUGUUAAGCUGAUCAGUCCAGUAUUUUUUCAAUGUUAAAUAGAAGUCAAAGAUGAAAAAAAUCUUGCCUUAAGUGCUUCAAAAUUUCCUUUGUAGAAGAUGCAGUUCAAUGAGCUGACUUUGGUAUUUACUUGCAUUGUUGUGAAAAAUAAAUGGUAAACCGUUUACACAAUAAAUAAAUAAAAAAAAAAAGAAAGAAAGAAAAAAUGAGAGCCAAUGGCCACAGGUUGACUAUAGCAGCACAAAGCUCACUGAGCUCCUUCGCCACGGAUGUGGGGAUGCUCCUGGUGGCACAGUGGUGGGGACACACUGCAAUGAGAGGGAUGGGUGCUGACCCAGGGAGGGCUCUGUUGGGACUUGGGGGACCUCCCCCAAGUUGGGGUGAUGACAGAGCAGCCAGCACUCCAUCGCUGAUGCCAGGUGUGGUGCGGAGCAGCUCGUUGUGUUCCAACUGUGUUUGGUUCAAUGUUGAGGCUUUGAUGCGAUGAGCACCAAAAGUUGUUGAGUGUUGGUAGUGCCGUGGCCAGCCCUGCCCAGCAGCCAGUGUUAUGGAGAGCUCUAUGGGAUAUUUUGGAGCUGUUGGUGCCUGUGGUCCUGGGUAGGGCGCAGGGAGGGCAAGGAGCCGAGCGCCAGCCCCUUGUGCCUGAAAAUAUUGAUUUGCAGCCUAAAAAAAAGGAAAAAUACCCCAAGUGAUGCCUGGCAAGGCUUUGUUCUCCAUAGGAUCCCACAUCUCCCUCCUGUUAGGAUUUGCUGAGCUUCCCACAGCGUUGCAGUGCAUUCCUGCCCUGAGGGCUCCCUCUCUGCCACCAGUCCCAGGGUUGAUGUGUGCACAAUCCACAAUCCCCGCCGCCCGCACAAGCUGGCACCCGCACAUCAAUGGCAGCACUGACGCGUCCCUGCCGAGCACACAACGACCGACUGUGCCCUGCUGUGAUGUCAUGGGCACAAGUGUCCUGCACAGCCCUGGGCUGCGCCUCUGGGGCUGCUGGAGUUCGGGGCAGAUGCUGUGUGCUGGAGCAGCAGGACGAGUGCCAGGGCCUGGGUUCUUCUCUCCAUGCUAUCCCAGGGGAGUGCAGCCAUCCUCAUUCUCUCCCUUUAAAUGCUCCCACUUCAGCCUCACAUCUACCCAGGGCAAAGCGUGGGGCUGCAGCAUCCGUGGCCCUAGUUGGGCUCUCCAACCAAAGCAGGCCAUGGAUAGGGAGAUCCCAAUGGAUGAAUGAGCACACGCCAGCACACUGAGGCUUGUCCUACUGCCCUGUUUGCAGAUCCCUUCCCACCACCCCAAACCUCCUAGUGGAAUCUCUGCUUCUGCACACAGCUCCAGGCUCUCCCCUUGCUUCAGCCCUGGGGUGAAGUGUGCACCAAUUAUGUGGAGUGAGUUAAGAGCCCUGGGAACUGUUGGGGCUUGGUAUCACAGUAAUUGCUACAGCAUCCAGAGAGGACAGAGCUGGAUCUUGAUCUUACGUGGUUUUAAUUAAGAGUAAUGAUCCCGGAGCAGACUUAAACUUGAGUUCAGAGCAACAAGAUUUUGGACUUCUCCAAUGGGUUUCCAAGCCUCCUGAAUGGGAAAAAUGCCACAAACCCUGACCCUGGGAUAAGACACAAGGAACAACACACAAGGCUGCAGUUGGUUCCGAGCAGGAAGGUUAGUUGGCUUUUGAAUAUUCUCCCAAAAGCAAAGGCAGCCUUGAGUCCACAGCAGAGCAGAACUUCUCAUCCCAAAUUACUUUCAAAAAACCCCUUCGAAAUCAUUAGGAAACUGCGUCAUGGAAAAGCUAGCUAUGGAAGCACACAGGAAGGAAGGAAAAGGAGAAGGCAGAGCCGCAGAUACUCUGUUAUUUAUUGUACAGUAUUUCAGUUGAAGUACAAAGGCAUCAUCAGUAUUCACCAGAAUUGCAUUGUGACAGUGUAACUGUGUGUUAAAAAUGUGCUAAGGAAUGGUGAACACAGAUUUAUGGGAUGAAAGCAAAUGUAAAUGUAAAAACACAUUUUUAGUAACUGAUCUGUACAAAGGAAAAAAAA